UGCCUUUUAUUGUAUUUGCUUAUCGUUGUGUUUUAGGUAGGUGAUAGGUAAACAUAUAUAUAAAAACUGAUGGUUAUCUAGUUUAUUUAAAUACACCUAUCACAAUCACUGCAUUCCACAAUUUAAAUGUUGGUCUCAGAUAAGACACACGAGCCCAGUGAAAUCUAACUCUUUUAUUUUCUCUCUUGCAUAAAUUGUUGAAUUCGAAAAAAAAGUGCAAAAUGUCGCCGGUACCAUUACCUAUGCGAAUAAUGGCUAGUUCCAUUGCCAUUGCAAAUCAAGCUGGAAAAAUAAUACGUGACAUUAUGAGUGCUGGUGAUCUUGGAAUUGUUGAAAAAGGCAAAGAUGAUUUACAAACACAAGCCGAUCGAUCAGCUCAACAAUGUAUUGUCGCUUCGUUGUCAAACCAAUUUCCAAACGUUAAAAUAAUUGGCGAAGAAGGCGCAUCUGAUUUGGUAAAUGUGCCAAAAGAAUGGAUUAUCACCGAGUUGGAUCAGGAUUUUUUACAACAAAAAUGUCCCGAAUCCCUGUCAGAUAUCAGCGAAAAAGAUUUAGUUAUUUGGGUUGAUCCGCUCGACGGAACAUCCGAGUAUACACAAGGUAUUCUCGAACCAGUCACUGUGUUAAUUGGAUUUUCGGUACAGAAUAAAGCGGUUGGAGGUGUCAUUCAUCAGCCGUACUAUAAACGAAGCAAUAAUGAAUUUGGUCGCACAAUAUGGGGCUUGAAAGGUUUGGGCAGUGGUGGAUUCGUAACUAAACCACAUGUUCAAGGAGAACUGAUUGCAACAACUACAAGAUCACAUUCAAAUGAAUUGGUGCAAAGUGCUCUACGAGCAAUCGAACCAACCAAAGUGAUUCGUGUCGGUGGUGCUGGAUAUAAAGUAUUACAGUUACUCGAAGGUGAUGCACAUGCUUAUGUCUUUGCAAGCGCUGGAUGCAAGAAAUGGGAUACUUGUGCACCCGAAGCAAUUCUUGAAGCUGAUGGCGGAAUUUUAACAGAUAUAAUUGGAAACCACUAUCAAUACGGUUCAGAUGUUGCAUUUCUAAAUAAAUUGGGUGUAAUUGCUACCGCUAAGAACAUUGAUCACAGUUCAAUUAUCAGCAAAAUACCUGAUGAUGUUAAGGGAAAACUCAGCCAAUGAACCAUUUCGUUAACAUUGAUAUGACAUUUAUGAGAAAUUUCACAGAUUAUAAUAAAUCGUCUUAAUUCAAAAUACA